AUGGCUUCUCCAGCCAGUUCUGAUGAGGGAGAAAUACGGGACGGGGGUGUAGAGAAGGCAACUACGUCGCUGGCUCAGUUCGAAGGCACUUCCGUUGACCGUCAAGACAGAAACCGAACCAGUAGCUCUACCUCGAGGUCGCCUGAAAAUGGAUACAGAUCAAGAGAUAGGAGAUCCCACGAGAGGAGCAGGUCUCCACAUUCCGAACGCCAACCUCGAGGCUUUAAGCGUCCGCGGGAUGAUGACUACCCCGACAGGUCUCGAGAUACUCGGAGAUUUAAAGUUCACUACGAAGACACGCCCCAAGAUUAUCAUCGCCGCUCACGAGUAUCCUAUGAAGACCUAGAUCGAACAUCCGGCGCUUCUUCCGACCUCCGGUAUGAUGAACGCGAUAGGCACUCCGAGAAACGUCCCCGAACGCGCAGCCGGUCGCCACCAUAUAGAUCAAAUCGUGGUGGAGAUGUUUGGACACGAGGUGGGCAAUCGAGGAGGGAUGUAGGCCAUUCUAGGGGCUCUGGCCACAGGGAUACCAGAGGAGGUUAUCACGCCAAUGGUUAUGGAGGAAAUCGGGAAAAUAAGGACCAGUCAGUGAGCAAACGAGGACAAAGCCCGCUGCCUGCUGAUAAUGCAAGACACGAGGCUAAACAUACGCAAGGGAAUCCACAGCAGUCUUCUGAUAGAAUUGCAAAUAAUAGCGAGCUAGCAAAGAGAAACAGUGCCGCCGAAAAUCUCACUAUCGAAACCCCUGAGGAAGAGCCUCUUGAUGAAGAAGCUCUGAUCGAGCAACGACGGAAGCGUCGUGAAGCAAUCAAAGCUAAGUAUAGAGGUUCUGCUACACCCUUGCUGGUACAAGCCUUGCAACUGGGAGAUAAGACAGGAGAAUCCAUACCUUCUCAGCAAACCAGCAAUACUUCUUCGGCUCGGUCAGCCUCGCCUGUUGUCUCGGCUGCGUCUACUCCUGCUGAAAUGCAGGACGUAGGUUCGCCGACAGACUUCGCAAUUACAAAUGAUCAGGAUCUUGCCAAUACAACCGGAGAGACCGCAGGUGGUGGCGAAGAUGAUGAUGGGCCAUCAGCAGCUGAUUAUGACCCAACAGCAGACAUGAGAGAAGACAGUCAGCGAGAUGUCCAGAGACAUAGCGAUGAAGUAUCCUCCGGGGCUUACGAUGAGACCAAGCCAACCACCGAUCAAGAUGUUUUGCUUCCUGCUGAGACUGCUCCAGCCGUAGAAAACCCAAAGAAGUCUGCUGAUGAAUUUGACAUGUUCGCCGACGACGACGAUGAUGAUAUGUUUGCUGAAGAUCCCGCUCCCAAUGCAAAUGCUGCUCUUAGACCAUCCGAUGAUGGGGCCAAAGCUGUUGCAAUCCCCACUGCCAAGGAGCUUGACAUUGGGAUGCUUGACAACUGGGACGAUAUCGAAGGAUACUAUAAAGUCAUUUUGGGAGAAUUGCUCAAUGGCAGAUACCACGUCCAGGCAAAUCUUGGGAAAGGUAUGUUCUCCGGGGUCGUUCGAGCUACGGAUGUGACGACGAAGAAACUGGUGGCGAUCAAACUCAUUAGAAACAAUGAAACGAUGAGAAAAGCCGGUAUGAAGGAGAUCGAGAUCCUUCAAAAGAUCAACGAGGCCGACCCAGAAGACAAGAAGCAUAUGAUUCGACUCGAGCGACAUUUCGAGCACAAAGGUCACCUCUGUAUGGUCUUUGAAAAUCUGAGUAUCAAUCUGCGUGAGGUCUUGAAAAAAUUUGGCCGCGAUGUGGGCAUCAACCUGAGGGCUGUUCGAGCUUACGCUCAGCAAAUGUUCUUGGGUUUAAGCCUGAUGCGCAAGUGUAACAUUCUCCACGCUGACUUGAAGCCCGACAAUAUCUUGGUCAACGAGACACGGAACAUGCUCAAGAUCUGUGAUUUGGGGUCAGCAUCCGAUGCAUCGGAUAAUGAAAUCACUCCAUAUCUUGUCAGUCGUUUCUAUCGUGCGCCGGAAAUUAUUCUAGGAAUGCCUUAUGAUUUCGCCCUUGAUGUCUGGUCCGUUGGUUGCACCCUCUACGAACUAUACACGGGUAAGAUUCUAUUCACGGGUCGCACCAACAACCAAAUGCUCCGCUCCAUUAUGGACUGCCGCGGCAAAUUCACGACCAAGAUGUUGAAGCGUGCACAAUUCGCUCACCUCCAUUUCGAUGAGAUGGCCAACUUUAGAAGCGUCGAACAGGAUAAGCUUACAGGAAAGGACAUCAUCAAAACCCUAACUUUCGCGAAACCGUCGCGCGAUCUCAGAACUCGCCUCAUGUCUGCAUCAAACGGGCUAACUGAGUCGGAAACAAAGGAACUGGCUCUAUUUGCAGAUUUAUUGGAUCGCUGUUUGGCGCUUAAUCCGGAGAAGCGGUGCACGCCUGCUGAGGCGCUGAAGCAUCCUUUUAUUACCAAGAUGGCAAGAUAG